CGAGCCUGAUUUUACUCUUUCUUCAAGAACGCGAUGACUUGGACUACUGGGUAGAAUGAAAACAAGCAACGUUUUCGAAAAGGCCCGAAUGCUCGAACUCGAUUCGUUAUGUGGUUGGAUGGCUCUCGAGCUAUCCCGAAGGGAGGAAUCCCAUAUUCAGAGAUUGGUAUGCAGCCGCUGAUGGAGGAAAUAUCGCGUUCAUGAACUAUGCAUUCGGGAUGCAUCGAAGUUGACUCGCAAAGCCCCGGAUUUGACAUCGGCACCAAUCGUAGAAGAAGGAAUAACACUCGUGACAAAUUUUCCAGUCUUUCAAGGCAGUCGAAUAGUCUGUUCUUAGCCACGAAAUCACCCUGCCCACGCAACUCGGCCAGAGCGAGAGAUGCGACGGCCGACGGAACUAAAGACAACAGAAUCAUUGAUGGCUAUUCAACUAGUGAAUCUAACGACAAUUAUCCCAAACCCAUUGGCGCAAGUCGCUCGAUUGAACAAUCUCUUCUCUCGCACACUGUACAGCUCUAUACGCCAGGUCGCCGAUUCUCAAUCAAAUCAAACCCUUUCCAUCCUCAAUUCCAAUUCCCGUGCCCUCUUUCUCUACUCAAUCACUACCUCUUCUUCCUUCACCCGUUAUACCCUCCCUCUCGAGUCUCGAAAUUCGCAGCAUCCUCUUCCUGUAACCUUUCGAUACCACCGCCCUAAAGCAACCCUAACGUCCAUUCGGUUGAAGGAAAACUUGCACUCUACGGGCUACCGUCACCUUUCCGAGCAUUAGAGACGCUUUUUCUUUUAUGCCAAGAGCCUCUCCGAUCAAAAAUACCAGGAUGAUACAUUCCACGUCCUUCAUAUAUCACGACGCUGGUGAAGUUCCGGAGAAAGGUUGUCACACCCGCGGCCAUGAGCCGUGGCAUAACUGGUCACUGGUUGUUUGUGGCGCUGUAAGUAUAGGUGUGCCUGAAAGAACGACAGGAUCGUUUCCAAGACGACACCCAACAAACACGGUGUGGAGGAGGAUGUACGUUU